AUGGCGUCGCCGGUGGCGGCAGAGGCUCCCUCUUCGGAGGACGACGAAGACAGCGGCGGGAGGAAGGUGCGGGGCCGGCCCCGGCUGACUGACACGGACCGGGUGCGGCGGCGGCUGGAGUCCCGGAAGAAGUACGACUGCCGCCGGGUGUACCUGGGAGAGGCACACGGAGCCUGGGUGCAGCGGAGGGAGAAGGGGGCGGAGAGCGGGGGCGGGGCCUGGACGGACGCCAAGCUGGCCGCUUACCUGCUGGAGUUGGAGGCGCGAGGAGGGAAGCUGUGUGAGGAUCACCAGACCAGCUCGCAGCCCAGGAAUAGACAGAGAGGCUGUGUGAACAAUCUGCUCAGUUUGGUGACAUGGUACUGUGGGCACAAGACCCACUGCCCUCACGAACCUGGCCUAGCGGAGCUCAGUGCUAGUGACGUUUUAUAUACCACGGCGGUGUGGCAGUGCCAGGCAGGACACCACUUUUACCAGGAAUUGCAAUGUCCUUUGAAGGUCCUAAACCAAAUGGGGUAUGAAGAUGGAGCUGAGCCAGAUGACUCCUCCUCCAGGUCCACCCCCCCGAGCCAGUCUACAGGACCGUGCCAGAACUCGGAGCAGCCGCUUCACGCUUUGUACCCUCAGCCUUCAGAGAACGUGACAGAGGGGGAGGCUGCAUGCACAGAGGAUACAGAGACAGUAGUGUGUGUCCCCAUGGGGCCCACAGCCAGAGGACUUUUUGAAGGAGUGACUCAGGAAGCUCUGGGGCAGGUGGUGGCUGCUGGCUGCCCCUCGCAAGUCAUCAUCAUUGCCGGACCUGGAUAUGAGGCAUUGGCAGCAGAGGGGAUCCAGCUGGACAUGGCGGAUGGGAGCAGUGAAGAGGAGGGCACAGCACUUGAGGCCGUGUCUGCAUUCACACAGACAGAGACUGAAGAACAAGAAGAGGAGCAGAGUGGUGCCUUGACCAUGACAGACGAGGACACACUAUACACCCUGCAAGAGGAACCUGAGGAAUGCGAAGUUCCCAGACUGGUGCUCAGUUCUCAGUUACCUGAUGCGGACUCCAUGGAGGAACCAUCUGGACCAGGACCUGUGCUUAGCUUGGACUGUCAGGCAGAGAACACAGCGCAAGUUUCUAAAGAGCCUGAGAAGAAGAAAAGUCGUCGCUCCCGGGCUGCAGAUGCUGAUGGAGUGUUGGAGAUGUUCCAUUGUCCCUAUGAGGGCUGUGCCCAGGUGUACACAGCUCUUGCCAGCUUUCAGAAUCACAUCAAUUUGGUGCAUAGAAAAGGCAGGACCAAGGUGUGCCCGGAGGCUGGCUGCGGGAAGAAAUUCUACUUGUCCAACCACCUGCGUCGUCACAUGAUCAUACACACAGGGAUCCGCGAGUUCAUCUGUGAGACGUGUGGCAAAUCUUUUAAAAGGAAAAGUCACCUGGAGGUGCACAGAAGAACCCACACAGGGGAGACCCCUCUACAGUGUGAGGUUUGCGGGUACCAGUGCCGGCAGCGUGCCUCUCUGAACUGGCAUAUGAAGAAGCACGGCUCGGAGAUCCAGUACAGCUUCUCCUGCGAGCAUUGCGGCAAGCUUUUUGAGAAACGUGAGAGCGUCAAAUUUCACAAGCUAAAGAGCCAUCCCGAAGGAGAGGUCACGUGA